AUGGAACAAAAGUUCAAUGCACAUCACGGUGCGGUGAAAAGACAGUUCCGGGCAGAUGAUCGUGCUCAUUUGAAGACCUACAGCAAGCCACAGAAAAACUGGGGAUCAGGGAAAGUGCUGAAACGGCUGGAAAAGGUGCUGUAUGAAGUAGGCCGGCAAAAAGGAACAGUUAUACGGCACGCGAAUCAGUUAAGGAAACGUUUCGUCAAAACCGGUGAGGACACAUCAGAGAAUCCGUUCGAAGGCCUGUCGGAAACGAUUAUUUUGGACGAAUCCGCUGAGUAA